CCAGCAACAGAGGAAAUGGUUGUACCAUCAAAGAAUGACCAUGGGUAUGUAAAUAGGAUUCAAGGUCUAGGUUAAAGAACAGGGUGAACAUUUUUGCAUGUUUGAGAUGGUGACGUGAGUGGCAGUAGGUCUCCUGAGUCGGGCUCACGUUUGAUGACUCAGCAAUGGUUUCCUCAGACGUGCCCACAGCAGCCAGUUUCUGCGAACUGAGUCUUGCUAAUUCACAUGCCACAGGAAUUAACCAUGGACCUGUGAUAGCUGGCGUCAUCGGAGCCCAGAAGCCGCAGUAUGACAUCUGGGGCAACACAGUCAAUGUGGCCAGCAGGAUGGACAGCACCGGGGUCCUGGACAAGAUCCAGGUCACGGAGGAGACCAGCCUCAUCCUGCAGACGCUGGGAUACGCGUGCACGUGCCGCGGGAUCAUCAACGUGAAGGGGAAGGGGGACCUGAAGACGUACUUUGUGAACACAGAAAUGUCACGAUCCCUUUCCCAGAGCAACUUGGCAUCCUGAAGGGUGGCCUCCAUUCCCUCUGAGGGAAGAGACCCCCAGAAGGUACCACACACUCCCGGACUGUGCUUGGGGCCC